UGGCAUCAUGCCUUGUAAGUCACUGAGAAAAGUAAAUAAAACUUAAAAAAUGAAGGCGGAUUUAGUAGGAUCAGCAGUUCGUUCUCAUUGUUGCGGAUUUUGAAAGAUUUUACGAGAACUUUCCUUCGAAGAUGAAGUCGUUUUUUCUCAAGAAGAAGGACAAGUGACAGAACUUCGAAGCAUGGCGACGACACGAGACAAAAUAGAGGUUAAUGUUGGUGAAAUUGAAUCCAAGAAAAGGCCAAACAUAUUUGAUCACCUGCCACCACUCAGUGCACCACAGCCUGCUUACAGUGAGAGACCCAAAAUAGUAGAGUAUGCUGCAUAUACCAAAGCAUCCCCAACAAAGGAAAAGCAGUAUUACAGACAUGCCAGUGAUUCUGUGGCAAACAAUUACACACCAUCAGCUCAAAGCCUGUCAACCGACAUUAUAUACAAGCACAAAAUAAACAGAAGUGCACCACCUGCUCRAACGACUCGUACAACUACCAAGAGAAAGCAGGAAUAUGUGGUGGAAGAAAACGUGAAGGUCCUACACACUGGCCCACAGUCUGCACCAGGGACAUACUCUAUGAUCUCCGAAGGCACCCCUGGUAACAUAUMCAAGAGCCCAGGAGGUACCUAUAACAUGGGGUUCGUCACCAGGGCACGUUAUCGAUCCAGUCAAGCCAGCCCCACAAGAGGAAUGAGAUCAAAGAGUGAAGCAGAUCCAUCAGAGACUAAAGAGAUUGGACUUGAUAGUUCAAUUUUGUCACACAACAAUCCACCCAGGUUAAAGAGAGUGCAGUCAGCUGGUCGUGCUGAGUCACGUACUCCAGCUACUUACUCCGAUGUGCGUGACAGUGGCUUCCAUGGUUUUGAUGAUCCUUUUAGUGAGUCCCCAAACUCAAAACCAACCAGGGUAGCAUGGGGCUCCAUCCAGAGUGCGACUAAAUCCACGACCGAGGAGACGCCUGUAGAAACGGACUCGACUCGCAAGACACCCGAAGAGCAAGCAAAUGGUUUCCAUGGCGAUGCGUCGACCAAUGAUGGCAGAGAAUAUGAUGAAGAAACUACGUCCGUGUUAAAGAUCGUUUUUCCUCCUGCGUCAACUCCGACUCUCGGUCUACCCAGAGCGGUGGCUCCACCCGAGUCUCAAGAAAAAAGGUAUUACAGUUUGGUCGAAAAAGCUAUUGGUGCUCAUAUGGUGGCUCGUUUAAGUGAAGAAAGGAAGAGAAACACCCACAAUUUCGUCCCAUACAAACUGCGAGAGAGCUUCAAAGAAACGCUUCGACAACUGGACCAGGAAAUGGAAGACAAUUACAUCCAAAGUGUUAAACAAGGAAUCCUGGAUUACGUGUUGUUGGACCCGUCUGAACAAAGAAGAUUGGGUCUACACAUGCCUGAAGCUGUUGUGUAUCCUGCUGGUCGUGAUAGCUUCCCAUGGCACGACAACGUCGUUUCUUGUAAGGAAUUUCUAGUUAACGGUCUCUACAUAACCCACCCGGUGCUCAGGGAACUACUUUUCUUGUGGCAUACGCAGUAUUCAGAGCUACGUCUUAUAGACAUCCCAGGGAUAAAGGCGUCCCUUCCAAUGACGGUAGAACAACUGCUUCAGCAUGUACACCAGUCCUGUGAAAAUGGCGCGUCCAUCCUAAGAGACAAGUGGAUUCCCACAUGCGUUAAGGUCAUUAGUGACAGGAGAGAUGACGUGGAGGCCUGUAUGCCUGAGGGCGAGGAAUACAGGACCCAUGCUAUGGACCGCUUCUUCGCAUCUGUCGCCUGCCUGAUGUCCAACAAUCUGCGAAGCACUGUUUACGCAUCGAUCAAGGAUUUCCUGACGUUCAUAGAGACGUACAAACAAGGCAAUGACUACGAGGGAGACUUCGAGAGAUGUCUGCCCGUCUUACCUCAACUUCUCGUCCUGACCGUUGUCCCAGACAUGGAGGACCAGACAGUAGCCUUUGAUCCACGUUUUUCCGACAUAACGGAAGCCUUGUUCUUGAUCAUCGACACCAUUAUCACCAGCGUGCGUUCCUUGAAGCGCGUUGAACAUCAGCUGUUCUAUGAAGAGGAGUGGAUGAAAAACCGGUUCAUAUCUAAUGUACAGCUAGACGAAGAACGAGUACUGGAUGCUAAAGCCAGGCUUGCUGUGGUUGUGGACAAAAAUACAAAGGGUCCAGUCAAAUUCAGGUCUAUCUACGAGUUUUAUCGCUACCUGCUGAACCGGGAUUCCGACCGAAGGACUUCGAACUUCAUCUCUGGUGAACACACGCUAUCCCAGUACGGUAGAGAGCUGGAGAAGCUGUAUGUGUUGAAGCGCGCUGCUGCUUCCAUGGAUCUGUGUAUUCCCAUGGAGCUCUUUGUCCUUGACUGUAGUAACAUCAAUAUGUUUUUAAUUAAGCGUGCAGAAGACCUUGUAGAUGUUAUGCUGAAACAUCUGACAAAGAAGAGUUCAGCCUUUAACCGAUCGAUCUGCAGCCAAUACGACCAGAUAGUGAUUCGAAUAACCACGCCGGCCAAGACAACAGAUGAACUGGUGGAUUUGGAAAACUACAUCGAGAACCUGAGAAGUGGACCUUUGUUACAACUGAAGGCGUUGUUAGAAGAAGCUGCUGAUUUGUUGAUGUUUCUAAUGGAUCACACGUUUCUCCAAGACGAUCAUCUGAAGCUUAACGAAACAACGUUCACUUGGCCUGAGCGAAUUCUACCCAUGGUGGAAAUGAGGUACAUUACAGAUUACCAAUAUAACUUAUAUAUGACUAAUAGAUUAUCCGAAUAUCGUGACAUUCCAAUUUCUUCCCCUGUGAACCAUUCACAAAAUGUGAAAUCCUCACGUUGUCUUGACAUUCAAAUGGCUUCCGCUAUGAACCAAUCAAAAGACUGUUUGUACAUACAGCGGAAGCGAAUCAACAAGGAGGAAGAACUUCUUGGUCAAGAGAAUCGAAGUCYCUUCCCGCAAAUCCAGGAGAUCAUCGACGCUAAAGAACCAUUCGACAAGUUAUGGCGCGCGGUUGUCAAGUUUCAUACUCGACAAGAGCAAUGGCUGGCUGGCUCGUUACUGCAGUUGAACGCUGAGGAAAUCGAGGAAGAGGUGUCUGAGUUAUGGCGCACAAGUUACAAACUGACCAAAGAGUUCGCCCACCCUGAGUUCCGUGGUCCUUUGCGCGUCGCGUCUACCAUCAAAGCGAGGCUAGAGAACUUUAAGAUCAACAUGCCUCUCAUCAGCGCGCUGUGUACUCCAGGAAUCAAGACUAGACAUUGGGAUAUGAUGAGUGUGAAGGUUGGGUUCAACAUAACGCCCAAAGAAGACACAACACUUAACGAAAUGCUUGCGCUUGGACUGGACAAGUUCGUCGAGGAUCUGGCAGCCAUUAGUGGGAGAGCAGCCAAGGAGUUCUCUCUUGAAAAAGCUUUAGAUAAGAUGCAACAGGAGUGGAGAGGAAUAGAGUUCACAUUUGUUGAAUACAAAGACACAGAAAUAAGUAUUCUCUCUGCUGUUGAUGAUCUACAGGUUCUUCUUGAUGAUCAUAUUGUCAAGACGCAGACGAUGAAAGGAUCACCGUUCAUUGGUCCAUUCGAAACAGAAAUCAAGGAAUGGGAGAUCAAACUAAAUCUCAUGCAAGACAUUGUAGAAUCCUGGCUCAAGGUUCAAGCAUCCUGGCUGUACCUAGAGCCAAUCUUCUCGUCUGAAGACAUCCAGGCGCAGAUGCCACAAGAGGGAGAGAAAUUCAGAACAGUCGAUAAACACUGGAGGAAAAUCAUGACAGAAGCUGUAAAGAAUCCAAACGCACUGGUUGUGACUUCCCAAGAUCAAAUGCUUGAAACACUCCAACACUCUGAGGGUCUACUGGAAGACAUUCAGAAGGGACUGAAUGAAUACCUGGAGAAGAAGCGCUUGUUUUUCCCAAGAUGUGAUACUUUUCCUUGCUGUUAUAUCGAAAAUGUGAUGAAGCUGAGCCUACGUGAAGUAAUGGCGGAAGCAGUAGCAGCAUACCCCCAGACACCUCGUACAGAAUGGGUGUUAUCCUGGCCUGGUCAAGUGGUAUUGGCUACAAGUAUCAUCUACUGGACAACAGACGUUACUGAGGCGAUGCAAAAGACUCAAGGACUACAGGAAUACUAUCAACACAGCACCCAACAGAUCGAGGAUAUCGUAGGUCUGGUUCGAGGCAAGCUGUCCUCCAUGGAGAGGAUAACACUUGGUGCGCUGAUUGUUAUUGAUGUCCAUGCAAGAGAUGUCGUCGCAAAGCUGUUGGAGACGAACGUGGUGGACCCUGCAGAUUUCCAGUGGAUUAGUCAGUUACGUUAUUAUUGGGAGAAGAAAGCAGUUAUGGUGAAGAUGAUAACAACCACGGUCAAGUACGCGUAUGAAUAUCUUGGGAAUACAGGAAGACUUGUUAUUACACCCCUUACUGACAGGUGUUAUAGGACCCUGAUGGGGGCAUUACUGCUCAAUCUUGGGGGUGCACCUGAAGGCCCAGCAGGGACAGGCAAGACUGAAACCUGCAAGGACUUGGCUAAAGCAGUGGCAAAGCAGUGUGUUGUGUUUAAUUGCUCUGACGGCCUGGAUUACAAGGCAAUGGGCAAGUUCUUCAAGGGUCUUGCACAAUCUGGAGCCUGGGCUUGUUUUGAUGAGUUCAACAGAAUCGAAUUAGAGGUGUUGUCCGUCGUAGCGCAACAGAUUCUGACCAUCCAAAGAGCAGUGAUGGAACGGUUUGAUAAGUUUGUCUUUGAAGGAACAGAGAUUUCGCUGGACCCAACAUGUACCAUCUUCAUUACAAUGAAUCCAGGCUACGCUGGUCGUGCUGAGUUGCCUGAUAAUCUUAAGGUUCUGUUUCGUACCGUUGCAAUGAUGGUCCCAGACUACGCGCUUAUUAGUGAGAUCAGCUUGUACUCCAUGGGGUUUGUGAAUGCUAGGAGUCUGUCGGCAAAGAUAGUCGCCGUCUACAGGUUGUGUUCUGAGCAGUUGUCCUCUCAGCAUCAUUACGAUUACGGUAUGAGGGCAGUCAAGUCUGUCCUAACUGCAGCAGGCAACCUCAAACUAAAGUUUUCUGAUCAAGAUGAGGAGAUUCUAAUGCUGAGAUCGAUCAUGGAUGUUAACUUACCCAAGUUUUUAUCGCAAGACUUGCCAUUGUUCGAGGGUAUYGUAUCAGACCUAUUCCCAGGCGUCACUCUACCCAAACCAGACCGUGGUGUACUGGAGGAGGCUAUUGUGAGUAGUGUCAUAGCAUUUGGUUUACAACCUGUUCCUUGGUUCAUUGAAAAGGUCAUACAGAUCUACGAGAUGAUGCUGGUACGACACGGCUUCAUGAUCGUGGGGGAUCCCCUGGGGGGUAAGACAUCAGCGUGGAAGGUUCUUGCUGCCGCCUUGACCAGACUGGGAAGCGAUGAGUUCUCAGACGAAGUACCGGUUAUUUACCGCAUUAUCAACCCCAAAGCAGUCACCAUGGGGCAGCUAUACGGCAGAUUUGAUCCGGUGUCCCACGAGUGGUCAGAUGGCGUUCUUGCCAACACAUUCAGAGAGCACGCGUCUUCAACGACAGCGGAUCGUAAAUGGAUUGUAUUUGAUGGUCCUGUGGAUGCUGUGUGGAUAGAAAACAUGAAUACUGUGUUGGAUGAUAAUAGAAAGUUGUGUCUGAUGAGUGGAGAAAUCAUUCAAAUGAGUUCAUGUCAAAACAUGAUCUUUGAACCCCAAGAUUUAGAGCAAGCAUCUCCCGCUACUGUCAGCAGAUGUGGCAUGAUUUACAUGGAACCAGUAAAGCUAGGUAUCGAACCGUUAGUCUCAUCGUGGAUGGAAAAAGAAUAUCCUCAAAACUUGACAGACGCGUCCAGAGAAUCCAUUCAGAUGAUGUUUGAUUGGCUGUUACCAGCCUGUAUCGAUUUCGUCAUACGUAACUGUCGAGGGUUUGUUAAGAUGUCGUCAAUGCACAUGACAGUAGCCAUGCUGACCCUGUACUCUUCUCUACUCGACGAACUAAGGGAGUCUCCUGACGAGAAAAAGAAGUACUCAUCUGAGGAUGAUUCAUUUGAAGAUGACGAAGACGAGACAGACGCACGAAAAGACGAGAAGCCACCAAGAACAGAAGCCGAGAUCAUGCAGUGGUUACAGUCACUCUUCUUGUUCUCCUUGUGUUGGUCAGUUGGAGGUCAUCUUGAUCGUGAUUCCAGGGAGAAAUUCAGUGAUUUCGUCAAAGUAUUGGCAGCAGGAACCAACAAGCAACACCCAAGGCCUAAGGAUCUCAAGCUACCCAAAACCCACCAGUUUCCCGGCAAGGGAAUCAUUUACGAUUAUUUCUUCGAUAAAUCAACGUUUGGCACUUGGCACCCGUGGGAGAAAAAUGUUCCAGCUACUGAAAUACGAGCAGACUUCAAGGAAAGACACAUCAGUUCUACAUCUAGUCGACCUGCUAAUGGUAGCUGCGAUGGGUCCCCCUGGAGGAGGAAGAAACGAAAUCACACCAAGAUUCCUGUGUCAUUUUAACGUCAUAUCUAUCGACUCAUUCAGCGUCAACACCAUGAAAAAUAUCUUCUCGAUCAUCAUGGAUUGGCAUUUCAACCGAGGGUUUGAAAAUCAACUGCGCCGCUUUUCCAAGAUAAUGAUAAGCGCCACCAUAGAGGUGUACAAUCAAGCUAUCUCGAGUUUUUUACCAACGCCUUCCAAGUCACACUAUGUGUUUAACCUCAGGGACUUCUCUCGUGUGGUGCAGGGCAUUCUCUUGUUCCCUGGGGUGUGUGCUACUGACAGUGGGAAGAUCAUUCGUUUAUGGGUCCACGAGGUGUACCGUGUGUUCUAUGACAGGCUAGUGGACAGACAGGACAGGGAGUGCUUCUUUGAGAUCGUCAAGAAUGUGGUAGGAAACGAGUUCAAAGAGAAAAUCAACACCGUUUUUCACCAUCUUGUUGAAAGAGGUGGUCAAGUAACUGAUGACACCCUAAGGAGUUUAUUUUUUGGAGACUUCUUGGACCGUAAAGCAAACCCACGACUUUACAACGAGAUCCAAGACAUGGAUGAACUCAGUCAGGCUAUGGAGGUGUAUCUCGAAGACUAUAAUAUUUCCUGCAAGGCACCCAUGGACCUGGUCAUGUUCAAAUUCGCCAUCGAGCAUGUGUCCCGCAUUUGUCGUGUUCUCAGACAGCCCAAUGGACACGCCCUUCUUGUAGGUAUUGGUGGUUCAGGACGUGCCAGUGCUACAAAGCUCGCAGCUUUCAUGUCGGACUACGAGCUCUUCCAAAUCGAGAUCACCAAGAACUACACUUUCUUGGAUUGGCGAGAAGACGUCAAGAGAAUGUUAAGGAAGGCUGGUUACGAUGGCGUGUCCACAGUCUUUCUGUUUGGUGAUCAUCAGAUAAAGGAUGAAGCAUUUCUUGAAGAUGUGAACAUGAUUCUUAAUACUGGGGACGUACCGAAUAUUUAUGAACAUGACGAGAAAGCUGAAAUAAUUGAAAAGAUGCAAUUAAUCGUCCAGGAACGUAACCUCAAAGUAGAUUCCAGUCCCCUCGCAAUGUACAAUUUCUUCAUCGAGCGAGUUCGUUGUAACCUACACGUGGUUCUUGCCAUGAGUCCCAUCGGUGACGCCUUCAGGAACAGACUUCGAAUGUUCCCGUCACUCAUCAACUGCUGUACCAUUGAUUGGUUCCAGGCAUGGCCAGAGGAUGCGCUGGAAAUGGUGGCCAACAAGUUCCUGGACGAAGUCGAGAUGUCACUAGAAGUACGAAAGGAAUGUGUUUCUGUGUGCAAACAUUUCCAUCAGAGCGUGCUAUGUGAAUCCGAAAGGUAUUACAACAUUCUUCGACGUCAUAACUACGUCACACCUACGUCAUAUCUAGAGCUGAUCAGGACUUUCAAGUCACUUCUAGAGAAUAAGAGGCUUCAGAUUUUGACGAUGAAAAGUCGGUACCUGAAGGGUCUUCAAAAACUAGACUUCGCUUCCUCUCAGGUCGCGAUAAUGCAACAAGAAUUAAAAGAACUACAACCAGAGUUGAUCCAGACCAGUAAAGAAACAGAAGACCUCAUAAAAGUCAUUGCUGAGGAAACAUCAGAAGUGGAAGAAAAGAAAAAAUUGGUGGAAGCAGACGAAGCCGUUGCCAAUGAAGCAGCAAAUGCUUCCCAAGCAAUAAAGGACGAAUGUGAAGAGCAGCUUGCUGUAGCCAUGCCUGCACUCAACGCUGCCAUAGCAGCUCUGGACACUCUCAAGCAGCAGGACAUCUCGCUGGUAAAAUCCAUGGCGAAUCCGCCAGCAGGUGUCCGUAUGGUCAUGGAGGCUGUCUGUAUUCUCAAGGGCGUCAAACCAGAGAAGAAAGUUGUGGACGGAAAACAAACCGAAGAUUACUGGGCUUCGUCCAAAAGGCUCCUUGGUGACCUGAAGUUCCUUGAGCAGCUUAAAGUCUUCGACAAGGACAACAUUCCACUAGCAUCCAUGAGGAAAAUCCGUGAGAAGUACGUUAGUAAUCCUGACUUCCAUCCGUCACUGAUCAAGAAUGUGUCGUCUGCAUGUGAAGGGCUGUGUAGCUGGGUUAGGGCUAUUGAAGUCUAUGAUAGGGUAGCCAAGCUUGUAGCACCCAAGAGGAAACGUCUUGCAGAAGCAGAAGCAGUCCUUGAACAGCAAAUGGCAAACCUGAACGAGAAAAGAGCAAAACUUAAAACUGUGAUGGAUAAACUGGAGAACUUGAACGACGACUACAAGGCCAAGAUAAACAAGAAAAAGGAGUUGGAAAGAAACAUUGAGUUGUGUUCCAAGAAACUCCUCAGAGCAGAGAAGCUCCUUARCGGUCUUGGCGGUGAAAGAACAAGAUGGACCCAAGUUGYCAAAGAGCUUGAAGAGACGUACACCAACAUAGUUGGAGAUGUGUUAUUAUCUGGGGGAAUCGUGGCGUAUCUUGGACCCUUUACAGUUGACUUCAGAAUAGACGUGAUUAAAGAAUGGUGGAACUUGUGCAGAGAGAAAAACAUUCCUGUUUCUGAUAACUUUUCUCUGUCUUCGACCCUUGGGGACCCUUUGGUAACACGGUCCUGGCAUAUCGCUGGGCUUCCUGUGGACAAUUUCUCGAUCGACAACGCCAUCAUAGUAUCGAAUGCGCGUCGGUGGCCGCUCAUGAUCGACCCUCAAGGACAAGCCAACAAAUGGAUCAAAAACAUGGAAAAACCAAACAAACUGCAAGUUAUCAAGUUAUCAGAUGCUAACUACGUUCGAACUCUGGAAAAUAGCAUCCAGUUCGGGACUCCUGUGCUACUGGAGAACGUGGGUGAAGAGUUGGACCCGCUGUUAGAACCACUGCUGAUUAGACAAACAUUUAAACAAGGUGGUUUGGAGUAUUUGCGCAUGGGUGACCACGUGGUUGAGUUCAGCAAGGAUUUCCGUUUUUAUAUCACUACACGACAACGUAAUCCUCACUAUCUGCCUGAAGUUACCAUCAAGGUAACCUUGCUUAACUUCAUGAUCACUCCUCUCGGUCUCGAGGACCAGUUACUCGGUAUUGUCGCUGCCAAAGAAAAACCUGAGUUGGAAGAAAAGAAGAAUGAGCUGAUCCUGGAGAGUGCUAAGAAUAAGAAACAGUUAAAAGAUAUUGAAGACAAGAUUCUAGAGGUUUUAUCGACCAGUGAAGGAAAUAUCCUUGAAGAUGAGACAGCGAUAGAGGUUUUGUCGUCCAGUAAAAAGCUCUCCCAGGAAAUAUCCGAAAAGCAGGAAAUUGCCUCGAAGACCGAAAUGGAGAUCGAUGAAACAAGAGGAGGCUACAAACCGGUGGCCAACCAUUCCUCCAUCCUGUUUUUUACCAUUUCUUCCAUGGCGAACAUCGAGCCUAUGUACCAGUAUUCACUAACGUGGUUUAUCAACCUAUACCUUCAGUCGAUCAACAAUAGCGAACGCUCGUCUGAUCUUAACCAAAGGAUACGAAAUCUCAACGACCACUUCACCUACAGUGUUUACAUUAAUGUAUGUCGGUCGCUGUUCGAGAAAGACAAACUACUCUUCUCGUUCUUGCUCUGCGUUGGUAUUCUUCAAGGAAGUGGUAAACUAGACGAACAAGAGUGGCGAUUCUUGCUGACGGGCGGGAUAGCUUUGGAAUGCAAGUUUCCAAACCCCGCUCCGGAAUGGCUGACCGAUAAAUCCUGGGCAGAGCUGGUCCGUUGUUCUGAUCUUCCCGCGUUCAAAGGCCUCAUGGAACACUUCACCGAGAAUCUUUCAGAAUGGAAGGCAUUUUACGACUCAGCCAAUCCUAACAGUGAGCCGUUACCAGAGCCAUGGGUGGAUGAUUUGAAUAGACUAGAGCAGUUGAUCAUCCUCAGGUGUUUACGACCUGACAAGGUAACAGUAGCAGUAAACGAGUUUAUUGUGUACCACAUGGAAGAGAAAUACAUCGAACCGCCACCACUGGACCUGGCGAGAUGUUACGAGGACUCAGACUGCUGUGUACCGCUGAUUUUCGUGUUGUCACCCGGCGCAGAUCCCAUGGCAAGUUUGAUCAAGUUUGCAGAUGAUCUGGGCGUUGGUAGGACACACCUUCAAACGGUAUCUUUGGGUCAGGGUCAAGGACCCGUGGCAGGAAAACUGAUCAAUAAUGCCCUCACGGAUGGUGACUGGGUUGUGCUACAGAAUUGUCACCUUGCAACAUCAUGGCUUCCUUUACUCGAGAAGAUCUGCGAAGAGGUCAUUAUCCCUGAAAGAACGCAUAAGAAGUUUCGUUUAUGGCUUACCAGUUACCCUACCGACCGAUUCCCUGUCUCCAUCCUACAAAAUGGUGUCAAGAUGACUAACGAACCUCCCAAAGGAUUGAGAGCCAAUCUACAGCGGUCGUACUUCAGUGAUCCAAUCUCGGACCCUUACUUUUUUAAUGGCUGCAAAAAAACCAAGGUUUGGAAGAAGCUUUUAUUUGGAUUAUGCUUCUUUCAUGGUAUAGUCCAAGAGAGACGUAAAUUCGGCCCACUUGGUUGGAAUAUUCCGUAUGAAUUUAACGAGUCUGACCUCAGGAUAAGUGUCAAGCAGCAACAGAUGUUUAUAAACGAAUAUGAUAAAGUUCCACUAGAUGCCCUSACAUACUUGACGGGCGAAUGUAACUAUGGAGGGCGAGUCACUGAUGAUCGCGACAGGCGCUUGAUUCUUAGUUUACUGUCGAUAUUCUACUGUCAAGAAAUCAUUGAUGACGAUGAUUACAAGUUCUCAUCAAGCGGAUCAUAUUACGCACCGCCCGAGGGCUCGUACGACAGCUAUCUGGACUACAUACGUAGUCUACCACUAACACCACACCCAGAGGUUUUUGGGUUGCACGAGAAUGCCGACAUAACAAAGAACCAACGAGAAACGUUCCAACUUUUUGAAGGAAUCUUGCUAACCCUACCCAGACAGACGUCUAGCGGAGGUAAAUCCUCUCAAGAGGUCAUUGAAGAUCUAGCUGCUGAUAUCCUGUCCAAGAUUCCACCUGAUUUUGAUAUCGAACAAGUUCAGAAAAAAUACCCCGUUCGCUACGAAGAAUCAAUGAACACAGUCCUGUUACAAGAAAUAAUCAGAUUCAAUCGCCUCACCCAAGUCGUUCGUACAAGUCUACUAAAUAUACAAAAGGCUAUCAAGGGUCUUGUGGUCAUGUCAUCGGAGCUAGAAGACGUUUUUGGUAGCAUGUUGGUAGGCAAGGUACCCGGUAUGUGGGCUGCCAAGUCUUACCCGUCACUCAAACCUCUGGGUAGCUAUGUAUCCGACCUAGUAGCACGACUCGUCUUCUUCAAGAAAUGGAUCGACAAUGGACCCCCUGACGUCUUCUGGAUUUCGGGCUUWUAUUUUACACAGUCUUUCCUUACAGGUGCAACACAGAAUUACGCGCGCAAGUACAAAAUACCUAUCGAUCACUUGGGGUAUGACUUUGAAGUUCUCGACGACAAUCAGGAAUUAGACUCAAAACCCGAAGACGGUGUUUACGUCAAGGGACUAUAUAUGGAAGGUGCUCGAUGGGACAGGGACUCAAAGGUUAUCGGUGAAUCGUUACCCAAGAUUCUUUACGAUCCCGUUCCUUUUAUCUGGAUAAAACCUUGUGAAAUAACAAAACUGGAGGAAAAACAGACCUACUCGUGCCCAGUCUACAAAACCAGCGCCCGUCGAGGGAUCCUUUCCACCACCGGGCAUUCAACCAACUAUGUUUUGAGUAUUAAUCUUCCCACAUCCUGUGAUGAGAAAACAUGGAUUGUACGAGGCGUGGCCAUGCUAUGCCAGCUUGAUGACUAGCGUCACUAUAUUUGAAAGCAUUCAAGGCAGUUUUGAAGCGAUUCUUGUGUUCUGCCAAUUUGGAUCCAACAGCUUGUGAGGAAAAAUAUUUUCAAUGAGGCGUGGUAGUCAGGGGAUUAAUAUAAAAGAGACCAAAACAUCAUCGUCUGGAUUGAAAAGAAAUCAUUAGAACUAAAUAUAAAUCGUGGGAUUUUUUAUUUGUACAAAAUAUGAACUAAUGUGUUAUGACGUCAAGUCAAUAUCACUUUGAUUGAUUCCUAAUUCUCUUAAUUCUCUUCUAGUUUAUAAAUAUUAACGACUGUAUUUUAUUUAUGAGAAAAUAUUUUAUUGUGAAUAUAUAUCGCUUGCCACAACAGAAAAUAUAUUUCUUUACAAGAAUGAAAUAAAUAAUUUAGAAAGAAGAUAUAUUAUAUUAAUAGUUGGAAAUAGUUGAAAAGAAAAUCUACUGUUGAUCUGAAAAUUUUGGUCGGGUGAGGAUACCUACCCACACUCUGAAAAUAAAUGAUUUUUUUGAUGCUGUAUAUUAUUUUAUCGUGCAGGAAUCGCUUGUCUAUUACUCUCAGAAUGCGAUAGUUUUUAGAAAAUUUGUAAAUAAUUGAUUAAGAAAAAAWAAAGUUAUGGAUAUAUUUAUGUAA